AUGGCAACUACCGAAAGCCCCAAAAAGCUUCGCUUCGCGCCCGGCGACAUCAUCAUCUCAGAGGCCGAAGGCUACUACGCCUCCUUCCCUGUGCCCUGGUUCGACAACAUCGAGCCCGCGCACCUCCGCGCCAAAGAAGAUGUCCGCGUGGCCCGCUUCGCUGAACGUAUGAUCCCGUGGAUCUCCGAGCCCCACACCCGAUGGACAAAAGCCACCCUCUCCCCAUCCUCUCCAGAAUACAAUGCCUCGGAACCCAACCGAGUAGUUGGCCAUGCGGGCUGGCUGCUUCCGGGGCGCACCAAAUCCGAGAUCAUGAACUUCUGGCGCAGGGAUGCGAGCGAUGCGCUGGGAUGGCGGGAGAAAAUGGGGUGGAGCAAAGAGUACGAGGACGAUUUAUGGAGUGGAACGGACGUUAAGAGCUACCAGGAUAGCUUUUUGCUGUGGGAUAAAGUGAGAGAAGAAUAUCUGCGUGGUGUUGGGCACUGGCAUCUUGCGCCGCUAUGGGUCGUGCCUGAGCAUCAAAGUCGCGGCGUGGCGUCUCUGCUUCUACAAGAUGCUAUCAAGUUAGCGGAGGAAGAGAACCCUGUGCCGCCUAUGUAUCUAGAAGCCAUGCGAGAUGCGCGUCCUAUUUACGAGCAUUUUGGGUAUCAGGGCGUUGAGGGCGAGGGAGAGAAAUUCGCGAUGAUUCGAAACCCGCCAGAAGGAGUAAAGAUACUAGGCGAGGGAAAGUAG